AUGCUGAAGUUCUUGCGAUUUGGAGCAAAUCUAGCGAGAAGCUCAACAUUUGUGCCAAAACAAUCCCGAUUCUUUUCUACACCACAACAUAUUUUCGAUGUCAAUUCAGUGGAGGAUUUCAACGAGAAGGUUUGUUUUUCAAAUGAGAAAAUAAUAACAGUUUGUUUUCGUAGGUUCUUCAAGCUUCGACUCCAGUGAUUGUCGAUUUUCAUGCUGAAUGGUGUGGUCCAUGUCAAAUUCUCGGACCAAAACUUGAAGAAAAAAUCAAUGGAAGAGAAGGCGAAAUUGCUAUGGCAAAAAUUAAUGUCGAUUAUGCUGGAGAAUUGGCGAUGGAUUAUGAAAUAUCUGUAGUUCCAACUGUUCUUGCUUUCAAGGUUUUAAAAAUAUUUUUUCAUCAAAUUUUUAAUAGAAACUUUUUCAGGAUGGCGAAAAAAUUGGAAGUUUCACAGGACUCAUUGAAGAUGAACAAUUGGAUGACUUUAUCAAUGAUGCAAUUUCUGCAUAA